GGCAGUCGGCCUCAUACCCCUCAGUGGGGGCGUGGUUGCCGCCUGUGUCCUGCAAGGCGGGGAGAGCGGGCUGACAGGGGAGGAUGUCUGAGCGCUCCUUUGCCUGGACCAGCGCACUCGGCAAUCCUUCGAUUGGGAUUCCGAGACCGGGAUUUACAACGCCCUCCCCUUCGUGUUGUGGUUGCCGGAGGCUCGGCUUCGGAGGAAAGUACCAAGAGACUGAUUAUGUUUCCUUGAAUUUGCUUCUGUAUUUGCAUCAUCAAUGUCUCUGAUAUUGAAUAUCUUAAGAAAGAUGCUGGAAUAUUUUGGUGUCCCUAUAGACCAGGUUUUUCAGAUUUGGGAAAAUAAAGACUAUGGAUCAGCUCGGAGUAUCAUUCGUAUUAUUGGGAAAAUGCUUCCAUUGGAACCUUGUCGAAGACCUACAUUUGAGUUGACCCCACUCUUGAAAUCUGUGGACUCUGAUGAUUAUGGACCUGUGGUUCCAUCAUUUGCUGAUGUUUUAUGUGUAGCAAAUGAUAAAGAAUCCAGUUGUCUUAGAUUUCGAAAUAAUAUGUGGGGAAACGAGGAAGAGGAGAAAGCUGAAGAUUUCCGUGCUUUGCACCUAGUUUGGGAUCCAUUGUCGUCUGCUCUAAGACAUAACAAACCAUCAAAAAAUGAUCAGCCUGUUAAUGAAGCUGCAAUUAAAAAAAUAGCUGCUCUUGAAGAUGAGCUAGCUUUUCUUCGCUCUCAGAUUGCUGUACUUGUGGAAAUGCAGGAACUGAAAAACAGUACAAAUGCUGGCUCCUUUGACUUACAUGAUGGGCCCAUAAGCUUGCGACAGAUGCCACCAUCAAAGGCUGCUCAGCUGUCUGAGGACCCAGAUGAGUUUCAAAGUCCAGCGCCUUCCUUCCCUCCGCCUCCGCCUCCCCUUCCUCCCCAGCAUUCACCGCUCCAGCCUCUGUGUUUUCUUGCGACACAACCCACAGCUAAUGAGAUUUGUGACUCAGAUGACUUAGUGACUGAAAGGAACAAACAGCAGCCAUGUGCUAGUAAGACCAACAGUAGUCAUUCAGAAAGCCAGAGAGAUAAAAACGUUCCGAACAUGUUGGAUGUUCUGAAGGAUAUGAAUAAGGUUCAGCUUCGUGCUAUUGAACGGUCACCCGGUGGUAGACCCAUUCAUAAAAGGAAAAGACAAAAUUCACAGUGGGAUCCAGUAUCUCUAAUAUCUCAUGCACUUAAACAGAAAUUUGCCUUCCGAGAAGAUGAUUCUUUUGAGAAAGAAAAUAGAUCUUGGGAGUCUUCCCCAUUUUCUAGUCCAGAAACUUCAAGGUUUGGACUUGACAAUUCGCCGUCAGAAGGACUGAACUGAAGGAGGAACUAGUAAACACAAAGCUGUUGACCAGGUUAUCAGCAACAAGAAUUGUGUCUAUGCUUAGAAGAAAAGACUGCAGAAAUACACCAGCCACUCUUGCACUGCAUUUCAAAAGUCUUCUCUUCUGUUAAAUGAAGUUGAAUGGGGGCGGCGCCGUGGCUCAAAGGGGUAGGGCGCUGAUCCCAUAUGCUGGAAGUGGCGGGUUCAAACCCAGCUCCUGCCAAAAACCACAAAAAAAAAAAAAAAAGAAGUUAAAUGAUGACCUUAGAUAAUAACCCGAAGAGUCUUGACUGUUAAUCCCUAUUUUUGGUUUUGAAGAGCCAGCAAUUUACUGGCUACUGAUGAUAGGUAUAUGGAUUCUUUUCAUGUAUAUUAAUAAUAUGAAUAUAUUAUUUAGCACAGAUGCUGAAUAGAUACUUGGAAACAUUUUCCUAAGCAAUUAUACCUCCUAAUUUAACAACCUUUGAAUCUUUUAAAAAUUGGUAGUGGAUCUGAUUUUCUUGUCCUCCAGCAACUUGGAGAUAUUCAAGGACGAUAAUAUUAUACUGUUUUUCAUCAAGAUAGUCAUGGUUUGAAUUAUAUAGGUUGAGCCUUCUAAAACUUCUGAGAUGAUAAAUUGUUCUUUCAAACUGACUUUGUUAAAUUGUAAAAGAGUCUUGACAAGUUUUACCUAUACUGCUUUGUAAAUAUGUAUGCCUGUCAAUUUUUGUUCCUUUGUUUCUGUUACAUCUAUAUUCUGUUUCUUUGUAAAUAGAAGGUGAA